AUGACAUACCAGAAGCAGGAAACUACCUGUCAAACCGGAAUUCGUCUGGCCACCCCCGCAUUGAGGAGCGACAACCAAAGCUGCUCAAGACGAUUUGCGAUCUCGCACUUCGUGGUUCUGCGGCAAACGAUAAACGACGCGAUGAAAGUGUCAGAAGUAUCAAAACAUUGGAUGUGUUGUGUUCUGCACUUCAAGUACAAGGCGACCAUUAGAGCUCUGGAAGAACUUUCUUCAAUACUAGGACCUAGCGAGGUUGGAAUAAUCAGUCAGGACGACAAGGCGCGAGUGGCAAUUGGGUUAACGGCAGCGAACAAGCGGUCGCCAAUCCUUAUGCACGUCGAAUAUCAAGUCAAGCUGCCGGAUCAUGACUGGAUUGUAGCCAACAAUCACAAACUGAUUCCAUCAGUUUACGCUGGAUUUGAAAUUAAACCGAACGGCCUGGGUAAAACAGAGCGGUUGGGUACUGCGGCCCCACCUACAACAUUUCUUGAAAGCAUUGGAGUUCAUCCAUGGUACAGUAUUUUUCCCUUCAAAUGUCCCGAGGAAAACGAGCUUGAUCUGUCCGAUAUCAAUUCGGCAGCGAACAUAGCUAAUGACGAACCGGAAACGCUAGAUCUCCGUCAGCAUCCAUCUGCAGCGAGUGGACCGGGCGACGAGCAACCGUUGGAGUUCAAGGUUGAUCCCGGUUGUCGGAAGCGUCCUCGCAAUCCGGUUGUUGUCGACAGUAGCCCGUACUACCACCAUGAUGAUCUGGACAGCUUCCGCAAACGUCAGAAACUUUCGAUGCAGCAGUUCUACGAGGAGGCUUACUCGGCGGCCGUUGAGAAAAAGAUGCGCAAUCCGUUUCUGGAUGAUUCGCUGAUGAAACCGAUGGAUUCCUUCGACAGUUACGCUAGGAACCCGAUGAAUCCGAUAAACUACACGCUGACAGCGGAAGCUAUCAAUAGACGUAUCCGAAGCACGCUGGGCUUAGAGGAAGAACCACCAGCAGGAUAUGACCGGUCCCGUCCACCGUCCUCUAGUGACGAUUGCUGUACGGCCAAUCCAGACUGGAUGAUGCGUAGACACACGUUUGGCGAUAGUCCUUUCGGGAUGGCUUCAUCCCAGGUUGACGUUAAGCCGCCACCACCACUGGCCCACGAUGAUAACAACAACGUCGAUAAGAAACCUUUUCAGUAAAGUUGUGCGGUUGAACAAUUAUGAUUAAAGGAACGUUUUCGAAAUUAAAAAUAAGCGUAAAGAUCUUUUGACUUUUCGGUAGGAUUGAUGUUAAAAAGUAACAUUUUUUUCUAACACAGUUAUGAACUUUCUAUAAUCAAAAUCAACUCGUAGUUGGAUCAAUUGUAUUUGGAUGUAAGCAAACGGUUAAUAUUAACAUAAAGGAAUGGUCGAGCGAAUAGAGCUAAGAAAAAUCUAGUGCCAACAUAAAAUGUUACAGCAACCGAUCGAAUUCAUGACUAUUUCAAAGGGUGCAGAAAGUGAACGAACAAAUUCACGAAAAAGAUUUAAAAUAUUAGACUGAUUAGGUAAUGUGUACGACUAUGCAAUCAAUUUCGAGACGGGAAAAGCACUGAGAAUCUAAUUGGAUAACUUAUCUUAAACUGUGGCCAAAGGUGGGCAAUAUAUCAUGUUUUGGACGAAGCGGAAAUAAAUUUUGAUUACUCGUAACCAAAACAAAUGCGUUCUAUCUAUGAAAUAAAUUACAUUUGGUAUUCUGAAAAUUAUAUCAAGGUGAAACUGAUUUUGAAA